AUGGUUGUUGUUGAAUACAAUUGCUCAAACUGCGGCAAGACUGUCAGAGCUGAAGACCGCGGUGCAAUGCGUUGCCCACAGUGCGGCUGCAACAUUCUCUACAAGAAGAGAACAACAAAGCGUAUCACAUUCAGUGCUAGAUAA